CAGUUGUCACAGAGAAGAAUAAUCUCCAUCAGCCCAGUGGUCAUCAGGGAUAUGAACUCUCCUGUUUUUAUCUAGAUGGAUGAAAAGGUUAACCACCCAGAAGGGGAGCUCCUUUGUUUUUCAAGAUGGCAGCAACUAGUGGCGAAAGCCAGCUGCAGCGGAUUAUCAGAGACUUGCAAGAUGCUGUGACAGAAUUAAGUAAAGAAUUUAAAGAAGGAGGGGAACCAAUCACAGAUGACAGCGUCAACUUGCAAAAAUUCUCCUACAAGCUUGAGUACCUUCUACAGUUUGACCAGAAGGAAAAAAACACAUUGCUGGGGAACAGAAAAGACUACUGGGAUUAUUUCUGUGACUGUCUGGCAAAAGUCAAAGGAGCUAAUGAUGGAAUCCGCUUUGUCAAGUCUAUUACGGAACUACGAACAUCUCUUGGAAAAGGAAGAGCAUUUCUUCGUUACUCCCUGGUUCACCAAAGGCUAGCAGACACCUUGCAGCAAUGUUUUAUGAACACCAGGGUGACCAGUGACUGGUACUAUGCAAGAAGUCCAUUUCUGAAUUCCAAAAUGAGUUCUGACAUUGUGGGUCAACUCUAUGAGCUCACUGAUGUUCAAUUUGACUUGGCAUCAAGAGGCUAUGAUUUAGAUGCUGCUUGGCCAGCAUUUGCCAGGAGGACAUUGUCUUCGCUUGGAUCUUCAGCAUAUUUAUGGAAGCCCCCAAGUCGCAGUUCCAGCAUGAGCAGUUUAGUGAGCAAUUAUUUGCAGGCCCAAGAGUUUCCCUCCAGUCCUGAUGCAAAUAGCUCACUAAAUGUUGAACACCUUGAGGGCUUUGAAGAGAUGCGUGUAGAACUUGACCAGGCUGAGCUGAGGCAGAGGGAACUUCAAGAUCGUAUUCACCAGUUAGAAGUGGAAAACCAGGAGCUCCAGGCAGCUGUCAGCCUUCAGAAAGAACAAGUGCAGGUAGAAAAGGAGAAGAACAAUAACUACAGCGAGGAGAACUCUCGGCUGGCAAAGAUGAUCACACAGUUACAGAAGCAGUGUGAGGUCUCGCACUCCACUCAGAGCACUGUUCAUGACCUGCAGAAGUGCCUGCAGUCACUGAAACUGAAUGCAGUGGAGCAGCAGAAGGAGUAUUCAACACAGCUGGAGCAGCUGGUGACCAGCAAGGAAGACUGUGCCUUGAAACUGCAGGUGUUGAAUCAGGAGCUGGAGGCCUCUAGGGCUUUGGUUGCUAUGAAGGAUCUUUGCAUUGAUGAACUCAAAGCCAAGCUGAGUUCCACAGAGCAGAAGAACCUCAAUCUCCUUGCAAAAAUUGAUGUUGCCUUGGAGGAAAAGGGACAGCAAGCCACAGCCCACUGUGACUCUGCCCUACAGAUACGGGUACUGUUAGAGAAGCUUCAGGAGACAGAAAAGGAAAAGGCAGAUAUGCAAAGACUCAGUGACGAACAUGCAUCUCAGCUGAAAUCAGCAAGGGAGGAGCUGCAUCUGAAAGAAGAGGCGCAGAAGGAACUGGAAUCCAGAUACAAUCGCCUCACUGCUGACUCCAAAGAAGAGAGUGAAAAGCUGCUUGGGCGCCUGGAAACCAUGACAAAGGAAAUGGAUGCACUUCAGAAGGCCCUGACCCUGAAAGAAAAGGAGAUGGCUGAGCUCCAGACCCAGGUAAUGGGGUCUCUGGCUCACAUGGGUUCACUGGAAAAAAGUCUUGAGGAAGCAAGGAAAGAAAAAGAGAAACUUGAGGAGGAGUAUGGUAGGAGGGAAGGAGCACUGAAGCAGGAAGCCCAAUCGCAAGCCGAGCAACUUGAACUACAGGAGGGUCACUUAACAAAGGUGAGUCAGACUGUGCAUAGCCUUGAGGAGAAAAACCGGAAACUCUUGUCGGAGAAAGAGCAUCUCAGCCAGAAAGUCAAGGAGCUGGAGGAGCAGAUGGAGCAGCAAAACUCUGCAGUGAGCCAAAUGGGUGAGGAGAGCAGUAAGCUGAAAGCAGAGAAUGAGAAUUUACAGCAGUCCAAGAAGAAGAUGGAAGAGAAGCUGAACAAUGUGGAAGCUUCUAAAUCUUCCCUGGAAGCUGAGGUGGCCAGGCUGAGAGCCUCUGAGAAACAGCUUCAGAGUGAGAUAGAUGAUGCCCUGGUGUCAGUUGAUGAAAAAGAGAAGAAGCUCCGGGGCGAGAACAAACAACUGGAUGAAGACUUGCAGAAUGCCAGGAGGCAAAACCAAAUUCUGGAGGAGAGAUUAGAGGCUCUGCACUCAGACUAUGAAGAACUAAAGCAAAGAGAAGAGGCUACCAAGGAAUCUUAUGCCUCACUUGAAAGACAGCUGAAUAGUGCCAAACAGCAUAGUUUACAAAUGGAAAAAAGCUUAGGCACCUUGAAGGAAAGCAAAGAGUCUCUCCAGUCACAGCUCACAGAGAAGGAAGUAGAACUGCAAGGCAUGGAGAGCCAAUGUGAGCAGCUAAGAGCAGAAGCUGAAAGACAUAGGAAGAAAGCAGAGACUCUUGAGGUAGAGAAGCUCAGUGUUGAAAAGACAUGCCUUCAUCAGACAAAACUUAUUGAAUCCCUCACAUCAGAAAAAGAAUCAGUGGAAAAACACCAACUACAGCAGGCGGCUUCUCUGGAGAAGGAGGCAAAAGAGCUGGCCUCCAGGCUGACUGUGAGUGAAGCGCAGUUGGAGGUCAACCGAGGUGAAGUGUUUAGGCUGCAAGCGGAAGUCCUUGAGCUGCGAGUCAAGCUUCGGCAGACCACUGAUGAGGCAGAGCAGAUGAGAGGUGAGCUGGCAAUCACAGAGACUGUCUUGGGCGAGCAGAAGGCACUGGUCCAGCAGCUGAAAGAGCAAAGUGAGUCACUCAACAGAAACCAUGUGCAAGAACUGGUGCAAUGUAAAGAAAGAGAAGAAGUGCUGAAAAGAGAGCAGGAGACGGCAGCCCAUCAAAAAGCUGAGCUGGAAAAUAAUUUGUUGAACUUGAAGGAAGAGCUAUCCAAGCUUAAGCAAUACUUGGAAGUUGCUAGAAUGGAAAACGAAGACAACAAAGAUCUCCUCCACAGGACCAACACAGAUAUGGCUGAACUUGGUAUUCAGAUUUGUGCCUUAACCUCAGAAAAGGUGGAUGCAGAAGAGCAGUUAGCCCAGGCCACAGAAAGGCUCAAAGAACUAGAAGAAGAGGCAGCAGAGAAACAGGAGAAGCUGAAGCUUGACAUCUCUAAUCUCGGACAAGAGAACAAGAGCCUGCAAGAGAAAUUAGAGGAGGCUCAAAUAUAUGCUGCAGCUGUCCCAAGUCUGCAAUUGCAGCUGGAGACAGUAAAAAAACAGGCACAGAGUUUCCAAGAGACCAGCCAAGAAGAGCUGUCUGCAAUAAAAUUUCAAAUGAGCACAGAGAUUCUAAAUUAUCAGACAAAAUUCAAGGCUGUCAGUGAAGAGUGUGGUAAAGUAAGAGAGCAACUUGAGGAGCAGAAGCGACAACAGCAUGCUGCAGAGGAAGAGAUUGCAGAGUUACAAGCUGCAAACACGAGUUUGUCUAGAAAGCUGGAUGAAGCGAGAGAGCAGCUGUCCGAAUCAGAAUCUGCUCGGCUGCAGAAGGAAGAGGAGGUGACGUCUCUGAGAGAACUCUUGGAAAGGAUCCAAAAAGAAGCUGACGAAGCAAAAGAGAAGGUCCUAGAUUACAGUGAGAAGCUCAGCAAGGUGGCAGCAGAUAAAGAUAGCAGCGACCAGAAGUUAUUUGCUGAACUGGAUGACUUGACGAGAACAAAACAGUUCCUUGAAGAACGUUUGAUAGAACUUAUCAGAGAUAAGGAUGCUUUGUGGCAAAAAUCAGAUGCUCUGGAGUUCCAGCAGAAGCUCAGUGCAGAGCAAAGGUGGCAGGGGGACACAGAAGUUAAUCAUUGUCUGGACUGCCAGAGAGAGUUCUCCUGGAUGGUGCGCCGACACCACUGCAGAAUGUGUGGUCGCAUUUUCUGCUACUACUGCUGCAACAACUACAUGGUGACAAAGCCUGGUGGAAAAAAGGAGCGUUGCUGCAGAGCUUGCUUUAAUAAGCCUAGAGUCAUUGUGGACAGUACAGAUGACUCUGGGUCCAGUGCCAACCAGGAAGGAUCACCAGCAUCAUUGGAAUCACCUGUGUCAUCAGUUGCAAGUGAAGCCUCUAAACCACCAGAUGAUGCAGCGUUUGAUAUAAUCACUGAUGAGGAGCUGUGCCAAGUACAAGAAUCAGACUCUCUCCACAAUGAAAGUCAGAUGGAGGGAGAGUCUCUGGAUCAAAGCGUGACAGAUCUAAACAGCACGUGUAAUUCUUCAACUUUUGAUGAAUCAGAAGAGUGGCAAGUUGCUCAAGAUGCUGAAAUAUGCUUGUUGAAGUCAGGAGAAAUCAUGAUCAAGCUACCCCUUACAGUGGAAGAGAUCUUAAAUUUUGGGGAAAGUAACAGAGAGCUGUUCAUUAAAUCCAGCACCUACAGUAUCAUUCCCAUCACCGUUACAGAGACGGGGCUAACCAUUAGCUGGAUCUUUUCAUCAGACCCUAAAAGCAUAUCCUUCAGCGUUGUCUACCAAGAAUCAGAAGACACACCACUGGAUCAGUGCAAAGUUCUUAUUCCUAUGACCCGCUGUAACUCUCAUAAGGAAACUAUCAGAGGACAGGUCAAAGUCAGAAAUGCUGGAAUCUACACACUGAUAUUUGACAACACAUUCUCUAGGUUUAUCUCAAAAAGAGUGUUUUAUCACUUGGCUGUCGAGCGACCUGUCAUCUAUGAUGGAAGUGAUUUUCCAUAGCCUUGACUAUACUGUGUUAUUUUUAAUUAAAUUUUUAAGAAAUGCUGUUAUUUAUGUACAUGUAAGCAUUAUGAUUACCGCUGUGUUUGAAGACUUUGAAACUAUGCAAUAGUUAUAAUGCACUUAGAGAACACGCAUACACUAAAAAACGGAAGCAUUUUUAGGAACACUAAUGGUUCUGUACUGUGUACAGAUUGCUGAAAAGCCAUGUUGUUUGAUUUAACAGGUCAAUAAUAACCAAAUUUUUUCAGUGGGGAGAAAAAUAAGUGUGAAGGUGUCUAAAUGUAAACUGAAAUUCUUUACUGAAAAUUUAAUUACUUUUCUUCCAACAACGUCCUUCAAAAGGAAGUUUAAAGAAAAAUGCAUAUUUUUGUUGAC